AUGUCAGCCAACAAGGAGAGAAUAUGCGACGUGGAGCAGGUUCCCGUUUCGCAGCCAGGCGAAAAAUUGUCGAGAAGGAUAGCCGCUUUGACCGAUCAUUUCCAGUCCAAAUACAACGUUAAGCCUGCGUUCUUCGUCAGAGUCCCAGGGAGAGUAAACUUAAUUGGUGAGCAUAUCGAUUAUUGUGGAUAUGCUGUUUGCCCGAUGGCCAUCGAGCAACACAUACUUCUUGCAGUAGCUCCAUCGAAAGACAAGAUCAUUCAACUGACGAACAUAGAGCCGAAAUACAAGGACUUCAAGUGCAAUUUGAAGGACAUUGAUGUUUGCAUCAAACAUGCCGGCAGCGGCCCGGACUGGUACAAAUAUUUUCUCUGCGGUGUGAAAGGAGCACUCGAAGCGAUCCCGGAGGAAUGCGUACCUACGGGAAUCCUGGCUGCAGUUUGGGGCAACAUUGCUCCUAAUUCUGGACUCUCGAGUUCAAGUGCACUGGUCUCCGCCGCAGUUCUCUCGACUGUUCAUGCCAAUCACCAACGAUUUACGAAGCGUGAACUGGCUACACUCAGUGCCGAUGCUGAAAGAUACAUCGGCACCCAAGGUGGUGGGAUGGACCAGGCGAUCGCAUUUUUAGGUAAAGCAGGCUCUGCGAUGCUAAUCGAAUUCAACCCGUUACGUGGCACCGACGUUACAUUACCUGAAAGCGCAGUAUUCGUGAUAGCGCACAGCCAAGCUUGUCACAACAAAGCCGCGACGUCAGACUUUAAUUUAAGGGUCGCAGAAUGUCGCCUAGCUGCACAGGUGAUAGCAAAAAAAAGGAGCAAGCCUUGGGAACACGUGCUGAAAUUAAUCGAUGCCCAGAAGAGCCUCGGUAUGAGUCUAGACGAAAUGGCCUGCGUAGUAACAACAGACCUUCACGAGGAACCGUACACAUUGAACGAGAUUAGCGAGUGUCUGGACACAACGAUCGCAAAACUUAAAGAGUCACCGCUGUUGCAACCCUUUAACGACGCGCAAACAUUCAAACUGAAGCAACGCGCCCUCCAUGUGUAUCAAGAGGCUGCCAGAGUGAUCGAGUUCCAACGUAUCAAUGAAGCCAAGAAUAUCGCAGAGGAUGAAAGGUUGCGUCGGCUGGGCGAACUGAUGUCCGCCAGCCACGAGAGCUUGCAUAAGCUGUACGAGUGCAGUCAUCCCCGCGUCGACCUUCUCGUGAGCAAAGCCAUGGCUUGCGGUGCACUCGGCGCAAGACUCACGGGAGCCGGUUGGGGAGGCUGCGUGGUGGCGAUCGUAAAAAAAGACAGGGUUUCACAAUUUGUGGACACGCUGAAGGAGCAAAUCCGUCAAUCCGGCAUAGAGGAAGGAUUCAAGCUCGACGAUUUGGUCUUUCUGACGGAAUCCAACCAGGGUGCUGCAAUUUAUACGAUCUAAUUGUACUUUUAUUUCACCUAUUUUAUCAUUCCACGUUUUGCAUUUUUACAAAUCUAUAAACCAGUCUAUUAGUCAUACAAGUUCCUAGUAAUUAUACAUAUAUUUCAACCUAAAUAUACAACGAUAUGUACAUAAAGCCAGUUCGUCAGUCUAUUUAUUCUGACACGCUGCUUAUAUCAACUUAGAUUAUAUAAUAAACAUUAAAACUAAAGUA